AUGGAGAAAGUAAAGAAGACGCGAGAAAAGCUGAAAGACCAUGAUCCAGAACCGAGAGAUUUCAUGAAAACGACUGGAAGCAGAAGACCUCGGCCUGGAAAAACGACUCGUCGGAAACCAGAAGUGCUGGGAGACGUAACCGUGUGGUUCGGGAAAGAAGAAAAGCAGAUCCGGAAUUUGACGAUGCGAACAACGGUAAACGAAGUUAUCGGCGCGCUGGCGAUGGACAGCUGCGAGUAUAACGCGUCGGGAGCAACUCUCGAUAACAGAAAUUAUGUCAUCGUCGAGUCCUGGCGCGGCAUCGAACGCCCCCUCCCGCCGAGGACAAAACUGCUCAAAGUCUGGAAAUCGUGGAAAGCCGAGCAGCCGUUCGUCAAGUUUUAUCUCAAGAAGAACUCUUCAAUCUCUUUCCGCCACAAUCAGCCGAGCAAGAGUCUUCGGAAGAAUACCCGUCGAAAGCGCCCAAAUUUCAUCGGAGCCAAGGAAACCUUUAUCGACGGCCCUGUUAUCGCCCUCCUGGAAUCCUCCGCCGCCACAUCUGGUUCAACAACAACAACGACAACUUCUUCCGACACUUUUGGCUCCAGCGCCGAUUUUUCCGGAGCAUCAAAUUCGACAACUGGUUCGUCUGGCUCGUCCUCAAGCUCGUCGAACUCGGAUGAAGAAGAAGCGAAUCAAGAAGAAAUCGCCCGUCGCGGAGUCCUCGGAGAGUGCGUCGCCUUCCAAGAAAAACUCGACAAACUCACCUCUCUCGAGUCCUCCGUUUCCUCCGAAAUCGCCGCCAUCGAACACGCCCUUCAAAUCAUUUCGAUGCAAGACGAGCUCGACGAUCUAACAGAACAAGUUGGCCUGAUUGACGAGCGAAUUUCCAGCGUAAAACAUGUCGAAGCAGGUCUCAAUUCGAGCAUUUCCUCGGAGAAGAGAAAGGGGCUGCCGAAGGAAAUUGAGCUGACUCAGGAGCAAAUCGAGCGGUCGAGGAUUAUUCAGACGAAAAUUGAGGCUCAUUUAUUUGUCAAUCUCAGGCUGGCGGCGGAAUCCGACAUGCUGUCGCUGGAAGUGGAGCAACUGGACUCUUGCAUUUUGACUCGAAAACUUAUGCUUGAGAAGCUAGCGAUACAAAGCGCGAGCGGAAGCGUCGAGGAGCUCGAGGAACAGAUCCUUGCUUACGCGCAUAACUCCAAACACGCUUCCCAGAAAAUGGAGCACUUGGAAGUCCAAUCGACAAAAUCCCAGUCAAGCGAUGGCGGCAAUUUCAGUGAAUCAGUCGACCUUUCCUUAUCCAAUCCUCAAAAACUCGCCAAAUACGAAUCGAGCCAAUUCGACUCGGAUUCCAGUCUACCAGACUCCGAUUCAGCCGUCAGCUCCAUGGGCGCUUCCGAGUCGAGUUUGAAGCCGCUCAAAAAGCCGCAGAAACCGAUAACAAAGAUGGACUCAAAAGUAGAACUGAAGCAAAUUCGCGAAACACUCGUUUGA